UUAAUGCGUCGCGUAUAUAUCGAAGAAGGAACUAUUAAGAGUGACAUGUCGCAUUGUUUGUCUCACAAUCGGACAAAUAUAGCAGACUUAAGUUCUGGUUAACAAGCAAGGGAAUGUUAGGGUGAAUCGUAGUGUAUAUUUGUUCAGGGCACAAUUCACUUCUGUAAUAUACUUAAUGUUAGCUUUUAUGCCUGUUAUUCUGUGUCUCAUUUCUGCCACUCUCCAUUGUUUUGGUGCUGGACUGUACAGGUGAACGUGUACCGGCGCCGGCGUAACGUCUUAUUCGGCAUAGUCAAUAGCGGGUCCGCCUACUACACUCUGGGGACGUCGGCGUUUGUCAGCCAACAUCACAGCAAAGCCAGAGCUUCAGUUAUCAAUUCACAAUUGGAAUACAUGUGGAGCAUGGAAGCAUCUCAUAAAAUACAUAUAAAUAUAUGUUAGGCUAAUCUGUACCAAUUCUAAUUGACACUUGCUUUAUUUUGUAAUUUUGUGAACUUAAUUAAAAUAAAAUUAAGUGACAUUCACAUUGGCAUUGCUUGAUUGACUUGUUUAAAUUGUUAACAAAAUCUGCCAACUUGAUAUCGUAACUCAGCUCACUAGACAUGGAGACUCUAGCGGGUUCUCCAUUGACUCUUGUUGUAAAAGCUCCAAACCAGGAGGUUGGCGAUCAGACUGUAGAAUGUUUUCUUGAAUGGACUGUGAGAAAGCUGAAGAAGCAUUUGUCUGCUGUUUAUCCAACUAACCCCAAUGAGAGGAGCCAAAGAAUUAUAUAUUCAGGAAAGCUUCUCCAAGACAACUUGCUUUUAAAGGAUGUUCUAUAUGUGACUGAUCCUAAGGAUAAAUGUACAGUUCACUUGGUGUGUACACCAUCCCCAGAAGAACAAGCCAAGAGAGAUAGAAGCUGUAGCAGACAGAGUAAAGAAACAGUACUACCCAAUAAUGAUGGUCUCAGACAACGAACGUCAGCACAACGUGUCCCUCAACCUGAACAGCCCUAUCAAACUGUUUACCCCAAUGCCACUCCUUUGCCUUCAACAUCUGGCUCAGUCCCUGUGCCUCAUCCUGGCGUAAUGCCAAACUCUUCCAUGUCUACAGCACAAAUGCAAUGGAUGCAGCACAUGUAUGCCCAACAACAACAGAUGGCUGCAUACAUGCAAUAUGCGAGUAUGAUGGCAGCAAGUAGCGGUGGUAUGCAGGCAGGUUGGAACCCAGCUUAUCCAAUGACUUCAUCACCAUGGUUACCACCUACAGUACCCCACCCUGCUACCACUAUCAACCAACCCCACCCCGCCCCAGCGCCUGCUCAACCAGGGGAAGCAGCCCCACCCCAGGCUGCUGCUGCUGCUGCUCCAGCUGCCCCUGCUGCUGCCCCACCCCCACAGAGAAUGAAUGUGGGUGGGGGUGGAGGUGAUAUUGAUGAGGAAGGGGCAAGGAGAGAUUGGCUGGAUUGGACGUUCACUCUCUGUCGGUUUGGAAUCCUGCUGAGUAUCGUCUAUUUCUAUUCAUCCAUCCAUAGAUUCUUGAUGGUUGCAGGAGCCGUCUUUGUCCUGUACCUAUAUCAAUCAGGGUACUUCCAGCUCAGACGAAGACUGAGAGCCAGACCACCUGUCACCCCACCCCAAGAGCAACCCCCUAGGGAGGAAGCCAUGCCCCAAGAUGGGGAACAAGAACCAAAUGAUAAUCAGCCUGAUGAGUCAGAGAGCAGUACUAGUACCAGUGAUGAUGUCGAUGGUAACACAGAAGCUGAACCAGCAGAACCUCCUAGGCCUGGUAUGCUGCUUACAGUUUGGAUCUUUGUCUCAACAUUCUUUACAUCAAUACUCCCUCAGGGUCCUCCUCAACAGUUCCCUGCCAACUAAUGAACUCUGUAUCACAGGGACCUCCUCAACAGUUCUCUGCACACUCUAAAAACUUCGGACCUUCUUAGCAGUGCCCUACGUCAUGGACAUUCUCAACAGUUCAGUGCACAUUAUUAAACUUUGCAUCACUGAGACGAUCUUAUCAUCUCCCUGUGAAAUGAUGAAUUCUACAUCACAAGGAUCCACUAAAUAUUUCUCCCUAUGAAAUCUAUGACCUACUAAUGCCACGGAACAGAGAAACCCAUGAAUCUUGACAUAUGAAUGUCUUCGGGUGACUUAUGACAGAGAAGCCUGUAUUACAUGUAUAUGAUGAAAAAUUGUUGGUAGGCCAUUUGCCUAAAUUUAAUUGUAGGGGACACUCCUACGAUUUUAUAUUUUUCUAAUUUUACUUGAAAUGAUGAUGCUACUUUUAAGACUUGUCUUUGACACAGCAGUGAAUGUGUCGCACAACUUCUUGACAGCAUUCUCUAAAUCAUGUUUUACAAUUUCAUGAAUUUCAGCUGAAGGCGGGUGCAUGUUAAUUUUGGUGUGGUUAUUUUUUCAAAAAAUAUGUACUAGUGAACUUCUAUAAAAUAUCCCACAUGUUGAUCAUUUUUGAAGAAAAAAGGGUUUGUGAAUGAUCAGCAAGAAGGGUUGUUUAGAUAUAAUAGAAUUAAGUGUUCUAUUUACUUCACUUUAGUUCUGUAGCAAUGUAUGUCUGCCUAGUGAUCUUAUUUGUUGUUUUGACAAAGAUCAAAGAGAAUUUGAUUUGCACAAAAGCAUGGCUUCAUUUAUUUAUCUGUAGAAGUACUUACUUUUAUCUGAUUAUUUAGCAUUACAAACAGUGUAUGUAGGUAGAACACAUUCCAUAUUGAUUUGUUCGGAGGAAAGUUAAGAUGUGAUUUUGGUCAUCUUUGAC